UCAAGGGUUUUCUCUUUCACCCUAUGUUUCCUUCCCUCAUUCUCCUAAUCCCCUUCCUCAUAAUUAACUAUGAAGAUUAAUUACAUAAUAUCUUCACUAAAUUAGUCGUGGUUGAUUAAUUUGUUGUAAUAAUUAAUAUAACAUGGCUACAGCUGCUACAGGUACCGUAGAUGCCAACAUUACCAAGCCAAUACAUGGAAUAGUAUGGGCAUGCGAAAACUCAACUGAUACAAGGUCAAGAGGAAUAUUUUAUGAAGAUAAUCCAUUUAGUUACACAUUGCCAGUGCUUUUUAUCCAAACCUCCCUAGUUUCUCUUUUGACCACAUUUUUACAAUUCCUACUUACCCCUCUUGGAGAAUCCAGCUUCUUUUCACAAAUGUUGGCUGGGUUGAUACUAGGACCAUCAGUUAUUGGACAAAGUGAAUUCCUAUCAAAAUGGCUAUUCCCACUAAAAACCUUCUACAUAAGUGAAACAAUUGGAUUUUUUGGUAUAAUGAUUUUCAUGUUUUUAGUUGGAGUUAAAAUUGAUAUAAGUAUAGUUAAAAGAACAGGAAGAAAAGCAUGGGUAAUUGGAAUAUGUUCAUUUAUUGUCCCACUAAUAUUUUCCAUGUUAAUUGCAUUUGUUCUACGAACAACAUUACACCCUGAACACAACCUCUACAAUUCCAUGGGUUACAUUGCAUUUUUUUUAUCAACAACUUCAUUCCACGUCACCGCACUUCAUCUAGCUGAUUUAAAAUUAUUAAAUUCAGAUAUGGGUCGAUUAGCAGUUUCAGCAUCAAUGAUUGGUGGAUCAAUAUCUUUAUUUUGGGUCACAGCUGCCACCACUGAGAAACAAACAAGACAUAGAAAAGACAACUCUUACCAUUUUAUGUCAAUUUGUAUGAUUGGUUUGAUUGUUUUCAUAGUUUGUGCUCUAAGGCCCAUAAUGUUGUGGAUGGUAAGAAAUACACCUCAAGGGAAACCAAUUAAAGAAGCAUACAUACUUUCGGUGUUUUUAAUGUUGUUGGGCUGUGCAUUAGUUUGUGAAAUUAUUGGUGAGCAUUUUAUGAUUGGGCCUGUUAUUUUUGGUAUGGCUGUACCUGAUGGGCCUCCAUUAGGGUCAGCAUUGGCUGAAAGAUUGGAAACAUUGGUUUCAGAUGUUUUUAUGCCAUUGUAUUAUCUUUAUAGUGGUGCUAGGUUCAAAGUGUUUUUAAUAGAGGCUCGUAGUUUUGCUUUGGUGCAAGUUAUUGCUAUGUUUGGUUUUGUUGGGAAGAUUAUUGGAAUUAUGGUGCCUUCAAUUUAUUGGAAGAUGCCAGUUACUGAUUCUCUAUCUUUAGGACUACUUAUGGCUUCUCAUGGUGUCACACAAUUGCUUUACUUGCAAACUGCUCUACACCUUCGGAUUCUUGAUGAUCAAGCAUAUGGUAAUGUGUUAAUAGCUAUACUAUGGGUAACAGGAGCCACAACACCCGUUGUGAAAUUCCUAUAUGACCCAUCAAAGAGGUACUUAUCCUUAAACAGAAAAAGAACCAUUGAAAACACACCAACAAAUAUUGAACUAUGUAUCAUGACAUGCAUACACUAUCAAGACAACACUCCAACCAUCAUUAAUCUUCUAGAAAUUUCAAACCCAACAUUGGAAAGUCCUAUUUGUUUCUAUGUCCUACAUCUUAUUGAACUAAAAGGAAGAUCAACUCCACUUUUCAUAGAUCAUCAACCAGACAACAAGAUGCAUACAUCACACUCUCAUGAUUCACAACAUAUCAUAAAUGCAUUUAGAUCAUAUGAGCAACAAAAAUCAGGAAACUUGCUAGUGAAACUUUAUACUUCAAUUUCACCUUAUGAAACAAUGCACGAUGAAAUAUGUACCCAAGUUGUUGACAAAAGAGCUUGUUUGUUGAUUGUUCCUUUUCAUAUACAAUGGAGACCAACUGGUGUAACAGAAUCAUCACCUCCAAUUAGAGCAUUAAACCGUCAUUUGCUUCGAACCGCGCCUUGUUCUGUUGGAAUUCUAAUCGAACGUGGAGCAUUGAGUAAAAACAACCCUUUAACCAUUGCUUCAUAUUAUAGUGUUGGAAUUGUUUUUAUAGAUGGUUCUGACGACCGCGAAGCGUUGGCCUAUGCGAUGCGCAUGGCUGGCCACCCGGGUGUUCGGAUCACUUUGAUUCGAUUAAUGGAGCCGAGGAAGAAGAAUAAGAACUUCAUCAAUAGAGACCCUGAUGGUGAUUUGAUUCAUAAGUUUAAAGUUGAUUGCAUACAAAUUAAAAGACAUGACUAUAGAGAGGAAAUAGUAAGGGAUUGUGUUGAAAUGAUUAAUGUUAUAAGGUCACUUGAAGGUUGUUUUGAUUUGAUAUUGGUUGGUAGAAGACAUGAAAAUCAAUCCUCAUUGUUUAGUGGAUUAACAGAAUGGAAUGAAUAUCCGGAACUUGGACCUAUUGGAGAUAUGUUAGUGGCUUCAGAUUCAACUUUUGAUGGUUCUGUUUUGGUGAUUCAACAACAAAAGAGGUCAGGGGCUACUCAUCAAGAUUUGCAUGUAGAAUCUGUUAUUAAUAAGCAAGAAACUUUGACCAUUGUGGAAGUGCCUCGUGAUAGAAAAGUGCGGCAAAAUGUUUAACUAUUGUACAUAUUAGGAAGAACAUGGAUUUGUUAUAGCAGUUGUAUGAUGGAACAGUUGUAGGAACUAUUAGAAUUAGAAAGGGAAAUUUUAUUUGAUAUAUAAUUUUAGGUUCUGUAUAUAGGUCACUUUCAUUAUUUAUGAUAAUUAAUUUUGUAAUUA